GCUGUCAGAGGCGACAUGAGUGCCGCGGGGCUGCUGGCUCCGGCCCCGGCCCCGGCGGGAGCGCCGCCGGCUCCGGAGUAUUACCCCGAAGAGGACGAAGAGCUGGAGAGCGCCGAGGACGACGAGCGCAGCUGCCGGGGCCGCGAGUCCGACGAAGACACUGAGGAUGCUAGUGAAACUGACCUGGCAAAGCAUGAUGAAGAAGACUAUGUAGAAAUGAAGGAACAGAUGUACCAGGAUAAACUGGCUUCUCUUAAGAGACAGUUGCAACAGCUGCAGGAAGGUACGUUACAGGAAUAUCAGAAGAGGAUGAAAAAACUAGAUCAGCAGUACAAAGAGAGGAUACGAAAUGCAGAACUCUUCCUCCAGCUGGAAACUGAACAAGUGGAAAGAAAUUACAUUAAAGAAAAGAAGGCAGCGGUGAAAGAGUUUGAAGACAAGAAGGUUGAGCUGAAAGAGAACCUGAUUGCUGAGCUAGAAGAAAAGAAGAAAAUGAUUGAAAAUGAAAAGCUAACGAUGGAACUAACUGGAGAUUCUAUGGAAGUGAAACCCAUCAUGACCAGAAAGUUGAGGCGGCGACCAAAUGAUCCUGUCCCCAUUCCAGACAAGAGGAGAAAACCUGCUCCUGCGCAGCUCAACUAUUUGUUAACAGAUGAACAGAUCAUGGAGGAUCUGAGAACGUUAAAUAAGCUUAAGUCACCCAAGAGACCAGCAUCCCCAUCCUCUCCUGAACACUUGCCUGCCACACCAGCUGAGUCUCCAGCUCAGAGAUUUGAAGCCCGGAUAGAAGAUGGCAAAUUGUACUAUGAUAAAAGAUGGUACCACAAGAGCCAAGCCAUCUAUCUGGAGUCAAAGGACAACCAGAAACUGAGCUGUGUGAUCAGCUCUGUCGGAGCCAAUGAGAUCUGGGUGAGAAAGACCAGUGACAGCACCAAGAUGAGGAUCUACUUGGGCCAGCUUCAGCGUGGGCUCUUUGUGAUUCGCCGGAGGUCAGCGGCCUGACUUUCCACAGUGCUCUACUUCCCUUGACCCUUUUUCUGGAGUGGUUUUUGGUUUUUGGUUUUGUUUUGUUUUCUUCUUAAUAGGAAUUUUUUAACUUGGGACUUGCUCCUCGGCCUUGGAAAAUGGAGAACUCUUGUGGAUUCUGCAAGGCGCUUUCAUGGCCAGUCGCUUCCAUUUUUAUUUCAUUCUUUCCUGCCUCGACUUCUUCCCGCCAUCAGUCACCACGAGACGAUUUCCUUUCAGGAGUAUUGGGAGUUUGAUUUACUUAUUUGUUUUUGUUUUGUUUUGUUUUGUUUUGUGGUCUUUUUAUCCCUAAAAUUUUCUUUGAGUUGGAAGGGACAUUUUUUUUAAAUUAAUUAUCUUUCGGUCUUUCUACCAUGAAGAGGAGCAGGAAGGGAUACACUAAGCAAUGGAUUUUUAUGCUCUGAAUCUGAUUAGUGGAUCCUGUAGCUACUUCCCUUGUCGAGCCCAAUUCAGUGUUUCCCCAGAAGCUUGGGGCAGAGGUCCUAGCAGAAGGAGAUUAAUUCUCCUGGCUCGCAGCCUCCUCAGAGAAAUAAAUGCCUUCUGUAACAUCUGGCGUCUGCCAUGCACUCCACUGGCUGAACGACAGCAGAACUUGCCUGGGGGACUAUGUGCACUGAAGUAAUUGGGCUGGGGAGAGGGGGCGUUUCAUAUUCAUAAUGUGCUGAAGGUACCAUAUUUUAAAUGUUAUUUCAUGCAGGUGGUUAAUUCACACACAGUUGUUCUAGCUCGAGCUGGAAACCAGAAGUGGUCACUUCAGAUGGUUUUAUUUGCAAUUCAUUUUCCCUGCUCCCAAGUGGGUGAAGUGGGCCCUGCCACAGGCUGGUCAUCUGGGUUAUCUACUGAAGGUGGGGAGGUGAGAUUGAUAGUGCAAUAACCAGUUAGCCACAGACUCUCACUCAUCAUUCACAUCGCCCUCUUGUCACCGACGCCGUUAUUGCGCAUUGGCCACUCCCAGCCCCUGGAGCCUGUCGUUGGCACUCGCAGCCUCCGGGAGAUCUCCCUGGCGGUCUGGCCCAGGGCGAAGACAGAAGCUCUGCCGUGGCUGCCACUAAACCUGCCCUCUUCCUAACGAAUCCUGCUGCAGCAGCCUCCUCUGCACUCCUGCUCCCUUUCCCUCAUUCCUACAACUAGAGAAGUGAUUUGUUGGGUGAUGGGUCUUUUUAUAUUCUAGUUGCCACCUUAUAAUGUUUAUCAAGUUUUGGGGAUAGAGCAAGUGUCAGCAUCUCUGUGGGCAAUCAGUAGACUUCACACGUCCUAGGAAACCUUUGUAAGUAGCUCCUUUGGUCUCAAGUGAUUCCCUUUGUGUUGUCUCUUGAUAUAUACGCCCCAGUGCAAGUCAGGGGCUAUAAGGACAAGUAAAUCACCUUCUCCAAAGUUCUGGCUUCAACAGAGACCAAACCUUACUGACUCGGAAGUAAAGACUUAUACAGAUACAGUUUUGUUUUAAUUUAUAAUCUGUUUUUUUUCUCUUUUUUUUUCUUUCUGGUGUUGGAGACUCAUUUAAAAACAGGAUAAACAAUGCUGUUCAUCAAAAGUUGCCUGGGCCUUUUGUGUUUUUCCUCUGCCCCCAGGACCCGUUAUUAAUCAGUAGACUUCCGUGAACCAAGUCCACAGUGCACAGGGCUUCACCUUUGGUUUCCUCCUGGCGGCCUUGGCUGUUUGGGAGAGCGCUCUUGCUCGAACUGUCGCUGUGGUGUGUGUAACAACCUGUAAUAGCAGGUAGCUAUUGGUUGUCAUCUAUUGCCCUGUGAUGGGAGUUAUUUAGAUAUAUUUAGUGUGUGUUGCCAUUGAACGUUUUUUAUUUUGUUUUAUUUUUAUGAUUGUGUGCUAACUUGUCUUCCUAAAAGUACGGCAAAGUUUGUUUUUUGGGGAAAGGUUUGUAUUGAUAACUGUUGGGGGUUCAGCAUUGAAGCAGCAAGUUGCCUUUCUUCCUCGCCUUGUCUGGUGGCACCUUUGUGCUUUUGUGGAGUAUCUUUAUUUGAAGACCAGGGUCUGGGCACUUUGGCCUUUUCUCUUCUGUAAAUUGAGGGUGUUUGAGGCCACAGUUAGGCAUGGUCUCGGCCCGAGCACUGCCUUCUGCACCUCCGCGUCCUCACAGCUCGUACAGUCAUUAUCUAGUGAAAACGGAGGAAAACGUGACAUAGACAUGAGACACAGCAAAGUAUGUUCCUAAUCCUGGAAGAUUUAUUAAUGUUUUAUUUAGUUACUCCAGAGGUGAAGAAUCAGUAUUUCAACCACUCGGAGGCCCCUGUAGUGAUCACGGGUGGAAGAACCCCCUUGUUAGGAGGUGGAGCAGCUUUUGUGAUGGGCAAAGUGAAUGAGAGGGGGACACACUGUGUGCCUCCUAGAAUAAGAGGGGGCUGGCUUUUAGCCCAGGUGGCCAUUCUUACUCUCAAAGGUCUCUCACCAGACCCAGGGCACCAGGUGAAUUCCCAGAUUCAGACUAAGUGAUACUUUGAUAAAGUUGGUCCAGACAAUUCUGAUCAAGAACCUGUAUGUAUGUUAUUCUGAUGAAGAACCUGUGUGUUUAUAAUUCUGAUCAAGGACCUUUACGUGUGUUUGGCUGGAGGUUCCUGCCGCAGGUACACAGUGUUUGCUAGCCAUGUGUCCCAGUAUUUAUUUAACCUCCUCUCGGGGCUUUCGUGUAUUUCCCCAGCUCCUCUCCCUGAGCCAGUGUCCUCUCAGCAGUUUUCAUGUUUCUGUAGCCAUACCAAAGCCAGGAUGUUUUUAUUUGUUUGGAUACCAGUAUUUAUGGAUGUCUAACUACCUAAUGUAAUUUAAUUAAAAAACAGAAAAACAAACAAAAAAAAACCUUCUAACUGGGGCCAGUGUAAGAUCCAGAGGCUGCUCUGCAAAUCAAGCUACUUGUGUUUGUGUGGGAGACCCUGUGUUCAGCAUCG